UCCGUUUCACACUUGGACUACAUCUCCCAGAAAGUCGACGGGCGUGGCGGGGGAGGGGACGCUGAGGGCCCAUGUGCUGAGCACCCGAAGUGCCGCGGAAAGUGGAGGUGAGGGCCGCCCGCCCCAGAGGUGCUCGUCCGAGAGGCAGGUGCGGGAAGAGCCUAUCCUUUUCCCUGGCCAUGGCUCAGUCGCCUCCCCAGGGUUUCUUUGCACCGGAAGUUUGGAGCGGGUGGGUGCUGAAGACAGCUAGGCCUUGGCGAUGUCUGGGAUGAGGCUGGUGGGGGAAGCAUUUGGAGCCGUGACCUGAGAGGGCAGACCUUCGACCCCACUGUAUUGCACGGCGCCUUCAGAACAUGCAGGGAAAGCCCCACUGCGGGACGCUCACCAGCAGCAUCUCCAGAUUGUGAAGGGAAAGAUCUCGGGGUCAUGCAAGCUGCCCUGGGCUGGGGUGGUUGAGACCUGGAUUGACUGAGGUGAAGGGACUCCUUGCACGAUCACGCAGAAGGCUUGGGUCUUAAGAUUGGCCCUGCUCCUGUCAAGCUGUAAGAACCAGGGUAGUCACUCCGGCUUUCAGGGCCUUGAUUUCCUUGUCUGUAAAAGGGACUUUAUGAUGCAUCUGGCAACCUCACCUCCCUCACUGGGCAAUGUGAAGACCAAAUGCCAGCAAUGAAAUUCCCAGCAUUAGGUUUGUCAUACAGUAGUCCUUCCUAAGCAUUUGUUGAAUACUCACUGGAACACUUAGGCCAGUCAGCAUUAAUUGAAAAUAACAGAGCUGACAAGGAAGGUUUCUGAGUGUUUUGCUGGCAAAGGGAUUUCUUACAACCUCCAGGCAUGCGUCUUUCUGCCCUGCUGGCCUUGGCAUCCAAGGUCACUCUGCCCCCCAAUUACCGCUAUGGGAUGAGCCCCCCAGGCUCCUUUGCAGACAAGAGGAAGAACCCCCCAUGGAUCAGGCGGCGCCCAGUGGUUGUGGAACCCAUCUCUGAUGAAGACUGGUAUCUGUUCUGUGGGGACACGGUGGAGAUCCUAGAAGGCAAGGAUGCCGGGAAGCAGGGCAAAGUGGUUCAAGUUAUCCGGCAGCGAAACUGGGUGGUCGUGGAAGGGCUGAACACACAUUACCGCUACAUUGGCAAGACCAUGGAUUACCGGGGAACCAUGAUCCCUAGUGAAGCCCCCUUGCUCCACCGCCAGGUCAAACUUGUGGAUCCUAUGGACAGGAAACCCACUGAGAUUGAGUGGAGAUUUACUGAAGCAGGAGAGCGGGUACGAGUCUCCACACGAUCAGGGAGAAUUAUCCCUAAACCCGAAUUUCCCAGAGCUGAUGGCAUCGUCCCUGAAACGUGGAUUGAUGGCCCCAAAGACACAUCAGUGGAAGAUGCUUUAGAAAGAACCUACGUGCCCCGUCUAAAGACACUGCAGGAGGAGGUGAUGGAGGCCAUGGGGAUCAAGGAGACCCGGAAAUACAAGAAGGUCUAUUGGUAUUGAGCCUGGAGGAGAGCAGCUCCUCCCCAACUUCUGUCCCAGCCUUGAAGGCUGAGGCACCUCUUUUUCAGAUGCCAAUAAAGAGCAGUUUAUGAGUC